AUGUCGACAGAAGAAACGCGAAGCGUCAUCGAACAACGGGUCAACGCCGUCUCUGCGUUCGAUAUCCCUGCUCUCCAGAACCUCGCCGCGCCGGGCGCCAGGUACUGGACGUCCGGACCGAAAGAAAAGAUUCCCUUCGCCGGCGAUCUCUCGUACGUUGACCGCAUCGGCGGGAUGCCAAAGGGCCUGGGACAGGUUAAAUCACGCAAGUUCACCAACCGUGGGAUCGUAGUUGAGGGGGACACGGGGGUUUUGGAGCUGCACCUCACUGGUGAGGCACCCGGUGGACACCCUCUCGACAAUGGUGUCAUGAUGAAGUUCGUGGUGAAGGACGGAAAGAUACAGGACGUCAGGGAGUAUAUGGACGCUACUUCCUUUUUCCAUUCUUCAUUUUAG